UCCUACGGCGACAAGUUCAUGAGCUGAGCAAAGCGAACGAAUCCGUUCUCAUCACCAACACACCCACCCACACCGAUACACCCAUAACCGUACCCAAACCCAACACCAACACCAACACCAACCGUAGUACAGCUCGAUACAAUACCAGCAGUACGCGCACAAGCCAGCCCAACCUGAAGGAUAGGGACAUAACACUUAGCAGUCCUAACACUACGCACCCGAGCCAUCGCACGGAUGGGCGGCCCAACACACCAGACCCGCUAUCCG